AUGGUAUCUAUUUUAGAGGAAACUCAUUCAAGUUCAAAUGUUAUUAGAUCAAAUAUAGAGAUCACCUUAAAACACCGAGGAGAAAAUCUUUACAAUCGACCAACGAAACACCAUAUUGAACAGUGUGUUAAUGAAAUUAGACACAUUGGAGAAUCAAGUUGUAGUUUUGUCGAAGAGUGUAGUGUUCUAAAGGACAUGAUUUCGAGAGAAAUUAGCCUGUCAAGCAAUUCUUCAGAAGCUAUCUUUAAGACUAUAAAUGCACUGAUAAUUGAGCAACCACAUAAACAACCCGAUGUUGCCUUUUUAAUAAUUGGUAUUGCUGAAGAUGAACCACAAGUUUCAAUCCUGAUCAUCAGCUAUUUAAUUCAAGAAUUACAAACACAGUUAGACUUAACCCGCAAUAACAAUAAACUUGAGACGUCCCCAGUUGAACCAUGGACUGCUAUUAAAUUAUUCACAAGGUUCCUCUCUCUUCUUUCCCCAAUUCUUAACUUAAGAGAUAUUGUUAAUCAUUAUAAAAGCAUUUUAAAACUAGCUUAUGAGAUAAACAAUAAAAAUGCUGUUUUAGGAAAUCUUAUUUUAGAAAGUGUUUUACUAAAUAUUCCAUAUCUUUUCUAUUUUAAUAGAAAAAAUAAAAUUUUACAGUUUGAAAUUAUUAAUUUAAUCAAUGUUACAGAAGUUAAUUUUACCGGAAAUCAUCAAGUUAUUGAUUUAUAUCAUCCCUUUUGUCUUGAAAAUGUGAAGAAUUCGAAUAAGAGUCAAGUUACUAUUGCCGAGCUAAAGCAACUACUCUAUGGAGGGUUAGAUAAGUUCAAUAAAAUAUUCCCUGAGUCGAUAAAUACAAUAUCAGAGUUAUCUUGUAAAAAACUUGAUCAACAAUGGACACUACAUUAUCCGACUGUAAGCAGCAUUCUAGCUCUCAAAGAAACUCAAACAAACAAUUAUUUUACAGAUUGUCUUUGGAAUUCUCCUUUGUACCAAGAUUAUGAAGCACAAUUUGGUAAAAUCUCCAAUACUUCAAAUAAAACGCCAAUAAAAAAAUAUAGCAAACAGGUUGUUAGGGAUAAUAUUAUUGAUAUUGUCCAUAAUAUCGAAUUUAAUAAAAUAGAAGCUUGUGAAAAGUUAAUGCAAUUUCAUAAGUAUUUUCAAGACAUUUACUUAAAUUGUGGAUGGGAUGAUUGCACGGAAAAUAUAUAUCGUAUUGUAAUACAAACAAUUGUUAGUUUAUUAUUAAGGUUACCUCAUUCUACAAUUCCGAAUGUAUAUUAUGCUACAUUACUUCAACAGUUCUGUAAAAAAUCGCCCAAGCAAUUUGCACCCCUCAUUGGAGAACACUUUCGUUUCCUUUACAAGAAUCUUUAUAAUUUGGAUUACGAAACAAAUUUAGAAUUCGAAAAAUGGUUUAGAUUCCAGGUGACAAAUUUUAACUAUCAAUGGAAAUGGGAUGAAUGGAUAGAUGAUUGUGAUAAAUACCAAGUUUAUUCGUAUAAUGCUAAAUGGAUAUUUCAUGUUAAUGUUGUAAAACGGUUAGCAAGUUCCACAUCAAAUUUACAAGAAUUUAAAAUGAGUUUACCAUUAACAUUUCAAAAUAUUUUAAGUAAAAAAUAUUUCGAUAAUUAUAACAUGAUUCAGUAUAUGAACAAUCUCUUUGAUUUUGAUCAUAAUUGUAUCGAUUUUGAAGACGUUGGAUUGUUAUACCUCCAAGACGGUUUCCCGUUUAAUCAAACUGUUUUACAUAUUCUCGAUUGUAUGCACAUACGUAAUAAUGAUGGGACCAACGGUGACAUAAAUGAACUGAUACAUCUUGUUGAACAGAUUGGAAAGGAUAAUUUAAAGUUUUUCAAAAAUUUUGAAAUUUUUAAGAUAAUUAUAUUGAUACAAUGUAUAUGUCAUAGUGGGAGGAGAUCACUGUCACAUGCAAAUAGGUAUAUAGAGGCGCUUGGUGAUACAAUUUUUGAAAUAUUUCAACAAGUCGAAAUAAAUAAAAACUACUUACAGUUUGUUGUGAUUGACUCGGUUAUUAGAUAUUGGAAUAGUAACGUAUCAACAGGAUUUUUGCUUAUCAAUUCAUUUAAGCAAUUUGAUUUUGUCAGUGAUUUGGUAAUUGUAGAUUUUUUGUUUUGUGAUGCGAAUCAUGAACUCAAAAUAAUUACAAAUUAUGAGGCAAGGGAAUAUUUGUUGCAAACGUUAGAAGAAAAUAUGAGAUGGUCCGAGGGCUCUAAUUAUGAGUUGUUCAUAAGAUCAUAUCGAUUAACAUUGAAGAUCAUAUCCGAUGCAUUAAAUGAAUUAAAUAUAGGUGAUCAGACAACGAUUACACUUCCUGAUUUUAUGGAAGAAAGUGAAACCCAAAGGAGGAAUUCUAAUAGCACAUGGAAGUACUUUGAAGGUAUUAAACUAAUAAAAUGUUUGUUGAGAAAGUUUCAUUGCGUCUAUAGACAACUUACUGAUAUAUUGUUCGAUCUACCUCAUCAGAUUGAUUUGACACAUUUUCAAACAAUUGAAAGAAUUGCUCUUUGGAUCAAGGAAUGUCAAAAUUUGGGUUAG